GGAGAGAGUCGCGUUAGGUUGAAGCUACCUGAGAGACGCUAAAACCCUCUUAUAGAAACCCUCGCGUUCGUGUUUGUCUCCCUCUUUCUCCUCACACUCUCUCUGCGGACGCAUUUUCACAGGGGUAAAUAUGGCUUUGCCUAAUCAGCAGACUGUUGACUACCCAAGUUUCAAGCUUGUAAUCGUCGGGGAUGGUGGAACAGGAAAAACAACAUUUGUUAAAAGACAUCUUACAGGCGAGUUUGAGAAAAAAUAUGAACCAACCAUUGGUGUGGAAGUUCAUCCGCUGGAUUUCUUCACAAACUGUGGUAAGAUUAGAUUCUAUUGCUGGGACACUGCUGGGCAGGAGAAGUUUGGUGGUCUUAGAGAUGGAUAUUACAUCCAUGGGCAAUGUGCCAUUAUCAUGUUUGAUGUUACUGCUCGCUUGACAUACAAGAAUGUUCCAACAUGGCACCGUGAUCUUUGCCGGGUUUGUGAAAAUAUCCCCAUUGUGCUUUGUGGUAACAAGGUUGAUGUCAAGAACAGGCAGGUGAAGGCAAAGCAGGUUACUUUCCACCGGAAGAAGAAUUUGCAGUAUUAUGAGAUAUCAGCUAAGAGCAAUUAUAAUUUUGAGAAGCCUUUUCUCUACCUCGCCAGGAAACUUGCUGGGGAUCCUAAUUUGCAUUUUGUCGAGUCUCCUGCUCUAGCUCCUCCGGAAGUUCACAUCGACUUGGCUGCACAGCAACAGCAUGAGGCUGAACUUGCUGCAGCUGCUAGUCAACCCCUUCCAGAUGACGAUGAUGAUGCGUUUGAAUAUAGAAGCGCCGGUUUAAAGCGGGAUCUAAUCCAACGGUUGAGAGAAAUAGCGUCCAUCAAAGGCUAUAAUGAAAACACGCGGCGCCUACUUAUAUAUAUACGGCUAAAACUCCUACUACCACCGCAUUCAAAACUCAAACCUUCUUUCCAAAGCGCUCCUUGGCGGCUUCCAUACGAGAAACUCACGCUCACCCUCCAGAUGGCGCUUCCAAAUCAGCAAACUGUGGAUUACCCUAGCUUCAAGCUCGUGAUUGUCGGUGAUGGCGGAACAGGAAAGACUACAUUUGUGAAACGGCAUCUCACUGGAGAGUUUGAGAAGAAAUAUGAGCCAACCAUUGGUGUGGAAGUUCACCCAUUGGACUUCUUCACAAACUGUGGAAAGAUCAGGUUCUAUUGCUGGGAUACAGCUGGGCAGGAAAAAUUCGGUGGGCUCAGAGAUGGAUACUAUAUUCAUGGACAGUGUGCCAUCAUCAUGUUUGAUGUCACUGCUCGUCUGACAUACAAAAAUGUUCCAACAUGGCAUCGGGAUCUCUGCAGGGUGUGCGAGAAUAUUCCAAUUGUUUUAUGUGGAAACAAGGUGGAUGUGAAAAAUAGGCAGGUCAAAGCAAAGCAGGUUACUUUCCACAGGAAAAAGAAUCUCCAGUACUAUGAAAUUUCUGCAAAGAGCAAUUAUAACUUUGAGAAGCCCUUCUUGUACCUUGCUCGAAAACUUGCAGGAGAUGUCAAUCUCCACUUUGUUGAGUCACCUGCUCUUGCUCCUCCUGAAGUUCAAAUUGAUAUGGCUGCACAAGCUCACCAUGAAGCAGAGUUGGCAGCAGCCGCAGCACAACCACUUCCUGAUGAUGAUGAUGACACGUUUGAGUAGUGGGGAUUUGGCCGCCCAAGCUUGUGUUUGCUUGUCUCGCCAAACAAAAAUGAGAGAAACUGUUGCGAUGUUUGCUAUUAUUGCCCAUCAACAUGUUUUGGUUGAGAAUUUGUUCCUGCAAUGUGCCUCAGUUUUCCAGUUGAAAUCGAAGGGUGGGGGGUUGUACUAUGAUGAGAUUCAAUGUCCAGCUUCUUCAUUUAGAUAUCUAGAAUCUUGUUUUUCA